CUGACUAGAAGAAGAAAGUUUCUUUUUCAUAUUCUAUGUAUAAUAUCGUUGUAGUCACUUGCAAUUUAUGUUUGAUGAUAAUAAGAAACGGCAUGGUCCUGAGCAAAAUCCUACGUAUGGGUAUGAGCCUUACUGGGAGGAUGGCACCUGGGUAUUCGAUCAGAAGGAAGGCGAACAGGACGCAAACGGCACAGUUAGUACCACGUCUAUGCCUCAGGUCUGUGGGGAGGAAUGCAAUUAUCUUUAUACUAACAUCGGUGAAGUUUGCGGUCGUCAGUCAAAUAACAAGACGUUUAAAGGUUGCCGGGAGACAAGUGUGCUUUUAUUAAUUCGUUGGUAUUGUGAUGGCCAACGAGUGGACGACCUUAGCGAGGGUUUCAGGACAUUCCCAACUUAUUGCAAAUUUUUGGAUGCACAGUGUAGAAGCAAACCUUCUAAUCGAUGGAUUUUGGUACAUAGAGGUCCGUGUGUCGAGCCCCAGGAAUUGGUGUUCAAGCCCUUACUUCACACUAAGGAACCUCUUAAAAGACUCCCGGGCUACUUCACAAGACUGGCUGAGGUGUUCAGAAAUAACUCACUUGGGUCUUUGGAAUUACCGUAAUAAAUUGUGACGAUAUUAAAACAAUAUAAUGUUAAAUUGUAUGUUUGAUGAAAAUGUCCUUUGCAUGUAUAACAAAUUAUCUCUUAUUUUUAAAAUUUUUAAUUUUAGAAAUUCAGUACAUGUGCUUGAUAUAGUACAAGAGACUA